CCAGAGUCUAUCAAGCAUAGGUGUUAUUCCUGGAUAUCAGGUUGCCCUGCGGCUCUUCUUGCUGAAUGAAGCUUUGGAUAUGUAUUAACGUCACUGCAUGCAAACUAUAACAGCAGCAGUGAGUGCUGCAGCUCACUGACGGGCACUAAAAACUAACCGGUACAGGACACAGGUACGGUAGGGUGCAAUUUGGUUUUAUAUUUCCUUUUGUGUAAUUUCAAGACUACUGUUCGGGCUAUUUAAGAGAUACGUUUAGACUUCUUUAUGCAUUGUCUUCUCUUUUUCCUCUGUUUUGUACAAGCACAUGUGGAACUCAUGGAGUUGAUUCACACUCUGCUCCCAAUACUGGACACUAAGAUGGAUGAAAACCACAUGGAGGUAAUAAAGAUGGAGGUAGAGAACAGACUAUCAGACGAGACGCACCAACAUAUGUCUACGGAUGAGGGUCCUUCCAGCAGCAGCAUGAGACUCAAGUUAAGAACCAGACCCAGACUCCAGUCGACCAAAAGUUUCCCCCCUUACAGUCAGUGCAUAGGUGGAUUCGGAGAGGAUUCAGAGUGGGACAAUGAGCCUGAUUCAGAGACAAAAAUAGCUUUCCAGCACUCAGACGCCGAGAUGAGUGGAGAUGAGGUAGUCCAGGAACCACAAAGAAAAGAGGACUUAAAGGAGUCAAACAGAAGAUGUGCAAGAGCUGAAGUAAAGGCGAAAUGGAGGACAAGAAGGAAGGAGAGAUUAGGGGGCAGCUUUGAGGUUGAUACAGACGGAUGGCGGAGUGCAAGGUUGAGCGUGAGAAAAAGGAUGGAGACUGAAGAGACUGAAGGAGACGGAGAGGGUGAUGAUCAUGAGAUGGAAGGAGGAGAGUGGAACCACUGUGGAGGAAGAGGGAGACAAGAAAAGGACGAGGAGAGGAAUAGGCCUUCUGUUUCAGCUGUGCAGGGAGAAGAAGAGGAGAGUGGGGAGACUCCAGAGGGGGAGGAUGAACAGGCUGAGGAGCAGCCUGGAAUUAUAGGGGGCUCCACUUCUCAUCAGUGGCCGUCCCCUCACCCUAUCCUCUCUAAGCUUUUGCACUCCUCCUCCACCUCCCCCUGCUCCUCCAUGAACCUCUCGUCAGCAGAGAGUGACGAGGUCUUCAGCGAGGGGGAGGAUGCCACCUCAAAAAGGAGAACGCUCAGGAAGUGCCGCUCCUGGAAAACUUACCUGACCAUGAUGCACUGGUCGCUGCAGCGGCAGAGCUCCUGGGUUCAGCUGGCUGGACAUCAAGGCAUGCUUGUUACAGUGUUUCAAACAAGACACAUACAUGCACUCAAGGUCCUGUGACUAAGUUUACAAAUUCCUCCAAGAGACACCUCAACACAGAUCACGUUGCUGUUACAAUGACUUAUCUCUGUAGAUUUGAAUUUUCAGGAACUGAGACACUUUUAUCUGAUCAUACAUGCAAACAUUUCGACUGUAUUCAGUGUUUUUCUGCACACCUCUGGAAUCUCCUGAAAUAAGAUGAUAUCCACUGUCAGCAUAAUGAUUCCUUGCUAUCAGCAGGUAACUUCCAGCUGGGUGAGGGUGGGGAGGUGUUGAAACUGUACAGUGAGGUGGAGGAGAG